UUAUUUUCCCUAUAUUUAAAGAAAAUACAACAUAGAUUUUGCUAUUUUAUUGAUUGUAAAUUUUAAUUGAAAUUAUCUUUCCUAUUUUGCAAUUUCCCAGUGGAUUGGAAUUUCUGCCUGGACCAAAUCUAUUCACACUGACAGCAGGAGUAAUAGCCAAAUAUAACAGAAUUCUCCUUCAACCGAAUUUAAAGUAAUGUCCUGGUGAGCCAUGACCAUCUUCCCAUAUGUAGAUUGAUCACUUCCUACAGAACCAAGUUUAUUCAGACCCUGUGCUCUGAGGGGUUUCCUUUAGAAGAAAUUGUAUAUCUAUUUCAUGGCCAAAGGCAAUUAUUCAGCAGUAACUGAGUUCAUCCUCUUGGGACUCGCAGACAAUCCAGAGCUUCAAGUCAUUCUCUUUAGUGUCUUCCUAGGGAUUUACUUAGUUACUGCUGUGGGUAAUCUUGGUUUGAUUGUGAUAAUUCAAAUCAGUCCUCAGCUUCAGACACCCAUGUAUUUUUUUCUCUGUCAUCUGGCUUUUGUUGAUUUUUAUGGUACCUCCUCUAUCACCCCAAACACCCUGGUGAACUUUGUGCGUGAAAUUAAAAGUAUGUCAUUUUAUGCAUGUGCAACUCAGGUGUGUUGUUUUAUCACGUUCUCAGUUUGGGAAUUAUUACUGCUGUCUAUCAUGGCAUAUGAUCGGUAUGUGGCCAUCUGCAACCCUUUACUCUAUGUAGUUCUCAUGCCAAGGAAACUCUGCAUUCAAAUGGCCACUAGCACAUAUAUUUAUGGAUUCACUGUGGGAGUUGUACAGGCAGUGGCUACAUUCCACAUGUCUUUCUGUGACUCUAAUGUGAUCAACCAGUUCUACUGUGAUGAUGUUCCAUUGAUUGCUCUAGCUUGUUCUGAUACACGUGUCAAAGAGCUGAUGCUGUUAAUUAUUGCUGGAUUCAAUGUGUUUUGCUCCCUUAUCAUUGUUCUCAUCUCGUAUGUCUUCAUUCUCUUUGCCAUCCUGAGGAUCCACUCUGCUGAAGGAAGACAGAAAGCCUUCUCUACCUGUGCUUCUCAUCUAUUUUCUAUUACUAUGUACUAUGGAACCUUAAUGUUCAUGUACCUACAGCCCAAGUCAAGCCAUUCACUGGAUAAAGACAAAUUUGCCUCAGUGUUCUAUGUAGUGGUGAUCCCCAUGUUAAACCCACUGAUCUAUAGUUUGAGGAAUCAGGAGGUAAAAAAUGCCCUGAAGAGAAUUAUUGAAAAAAUGUAUUUUAAUGAUCAAUAGUGAGAUAAAAGUUGUCACUAAAAAAAAAAAAAAAAAUGGCAGAUACAGAGUUAGGAGAUUCUUGAGUCAAGGCUUGCACAAUGGUACAGCGCUAAUAAGUACAGGGACCCUUGUCCUCUGGGACUCAGCUUCCUAAAGUCUAGUUCCUUGCAAAUAAGUAUUUUUCUCGUCCUUUAUUUUACCUUUUUUGGUUUACACAUAGUAGGCAUUUCGUAAAUGUUUGUUUAGUUGUUGGAGCCUAAAAUGGAGAAAAAAAUGU